GGGAGGGGGAGGGGGAAGGCGGCCGAGACCUUGACCGGGCAGGCGGCUUUGGCAGGCCGGGUGAGGCGGGGCUGCAGGAAUCCGCUCCGGCGAGGGGAUCCCCAAGGGGCGGAGCGUGUCCGGGAAGCGUCUAGAACUGCGAGCGAGGCGGACAAGGGUGGCUGAGCCUCGUUUCCCCAUUUUCCCGCCCCGGUGGCUUCGCCCCUUUCUCGUGGGGAGCUUGCGGGCCUGGGUCCCAGGCCCCCUGCAGAAGGCCAUGGCCAAGGCCGAAGCCGCGAGGGCAGCUCCCGGAAGAGGGGACGGGAAGCCCGGGGACCUUUGAGCUGGAGCCCAGCCCCUAGCCCAGCGGAGCCGCCUUCUGGGGCCAUGCAGCCUCGGGGCUGCGGGGCAGGAUGGGCCGGGGCGCUCUGGCUGCUCUACGUCUGCUGCUGCUGCUGCUGCUUGAGUUUCUUACUUGCCCCAGCAGAAUCACUUAACCACCUGCCAGCUCCACACAACCAGAGAAUUCACCUCUAUAAUUUAGAGCAAGUUCUGAGCUGGGAUCCUGUCCCCAUAAACAAUCUUACAAGCCCAGUGCUAUACAGCGUGGAAUAUAAAUUCCUUACUACCAGUUGGAGACAGGUGGAUUGUGUUCAUUGUACCAAAAUUGCCGAACCAAUUUGUAACUUCACAGCAGCUGGAUGUUUUCCACCUUAUUUCAAUGUUUCUUUACGUAUUAAAGCUGAGCUAGGAGAGCUAGUUUCUGAUUGGGCAUUGGUUCCUUGGUUUCAGCUUUUCCGAAAUGCAACAAUUGGACCUCCAUUAGAUAUUCUUGUGACUUCGCUUGAUAACUCUCUUAUCAUCAGCUUCAAGCCUCCCUUCCAACUAAAGUCUGAUAAAUUUCACUAUUAUGUCUAUUACUGGGAGAAAGAAGGAAAACAAAAGGUCAAAGGCCCUGUCAUCAGCCAACCCAUUCAGUUGAGUGAUUUAAAAGUGUCAAGUGAGUACUGUUUACAAGUGCAAGCAGAAUUGAUUCCUGACCAUCUAGAGAUUCGUCGCCAAGGGCUAUUAAGUAAUAUAUCUUGUCAUGAAACCUCAGCUGGGGAUUCAGCUAAGCUUCAACAAACCAUAAUAAUAAUUUUGGGAAUUUUUGCAUUGAUUAUUCUGAUCCUGAGUUGUUAUGUUCUGGUACGGAAGUUCCAAGGCCUAAUAAAGCAUUAUUUUCAUUCUCCUCCGGAAAUCCCAUCCCAAAUAAAAGAGUAUUUAAUGGAUCCCAAUGAACCUAUUUUAGAGGCACUGGACAAGAACAGCUCAAUGGAAAAGGAUUGUUGGAAUUCCUUAUCUAUUGUUACCUGCACAGAAGAGAAUCAAGGUGUCUUGAGCAGUAAUGUAAAUGACAAUACUUGUACAGAUAACCAACCAAGUACGAAAAUUACCUAGUGCCAAUAAACUGUGAAGAUUAUUGUCUAAACUUUAUAGGAGGGCAGUUUGUCAUAUUUCUAUCUACCACGGAUGCCAUAUUUAAGUGGUUUUCCUUUUCAACUGAGGAUACCACUAAAUAUACAUUACUGGCAUUAUUCCAGUGAACACUCAAUUAUAAAAUAUCUUCCUGGCCUAGAAAAAACAAGAUGGACGCUUCACAAAUGUUCCCCAAAAAACACUAAGAGGACCUCAACCUACAGUAUCUUAACUGAGAGACAGCAUAAUAAUGGAAAGAACUGCAGACUAGGAGCUGGAUUUUGAUUUCCAGUUGUACCAUACCACUAUUUCACUGGGUGACCAGCAGCAUAUCUCUUCACCUCUCCCUGCCUCAGUUUCUUAGUCUGCAAAUGGGAGUUUAACUUUCAGGUUAUUUCACACCUCGAAAACUUCCCUGGCUGGUGCCCCUAUGAAACUGUGAAUUUGACAUUGGUCUUGGCCAUGUUCCAGUUCUAAGAAAAUGUUAUGAUUUAAUCCUGUAAAUAAAUAUUUGUUAAUUACAGAUUUUCUAAGCUAAUAGUUAUAUGGUUAUACCUUUUUAAAAAAAAUAAAUCCUGUGAAAAGGUUA